GCUGCGGGGCUCCGGCUGAGGGGUUGCGGGGCUGCGGCUGAGGGGCUGCGGGGCUGCGGGGGCUGCUGCCCCCGGCUAGGCCGGGGAUGCUGAUUUCCUGGCGCCUCCUCCUCUGGAAUAGCCGCGGGCUCGGGACCCGCAGUGGAAGGGACCCGCGGCUGUGCUGCCCACGCCCGCGCGGCAAGUCCCCGACUGUCCUGGCGGGUCGCCUGGCCGGAGAGUCUCUCCGAGUCUGCUUGAUCGGGAAACGACCCGUUCUGCAAGGCUGACUCUCCCGACUAGCAGGAGCGCCCCCUGAAGGCCGCGAUCACGGAUGGAGAGCAACACAUCCUCAUCUUUGGAGAAUUUAGCAACGGCACCUGUGAACCAGAUCCAAGAAACAAUUUCCAAUAAUUGUGUGGUGAUUUUCUCAAAAACAUCCUGUUCUUACUGUACAAUGGCAAAAAAGCUUUUCCAUGACAUGAAUGUUAACUAUAAAGUGGUGGAAUUGGACCUGCUUGAAUAUGGAAACCAGUUUCAAGAUGCUCUUUACAAAAUGACUGGUGAAAGAACUGUUCCAAGAAUAUUUGUCAAUGGUACCUUUAUUGGAGGUGCAACUGACACUCAUAGGCUUCAUAAAGAAGGAAAAUUGCUCCCACUAGUUCAUCAGUGUUAUUUAAAAAAAAGUAAAAGGAAAGAAUUUCAGUGAUGUUGAUACUAAUAAGUUUGCCAAUAUUCAGUGUCAGUUACUUAAAGUGAUAAUGCCCAAUAAUGUCUUUUAAAUGUUUGAGUAUUGUCUUCCUGAAGAAGAUGUAAAAAUAAUGAAAAUAAAUUGCAGUGGAUACCUCA